AUGAAGAUAAAAGAAACCUCUUCCAAAAAUCAGCUGGAAGACAAUUUACAUGAAGAGUACAAAGAUGAUGCCCUCAGUACCACGGAAACAGUUUCGAAUUCCUGGAAUAUGGUAUUUAUGGAGUUGGAUUGUUGUGCAGUCAGUCCUGUGGUCAGCACAACUAAUGAUUUUGACAAGACUCCUUGGUGCACAACUAGUGGAGAAUGUCAGCAGACAAAUUCACAAAUUCCAAAGACCUGCUGUAAUGGAGUCACUGUCAGCACGUACUCUUCAGCUCCUUCAGCAUGUCAUGCAAAUGUCGAUAGUGAAACAUAUAACAGCCAGGGAUGCUACGAUGUUCUGGUAAAUAAAAUAACUUCUUAUUCUUCGGGCGUUAUUGCUGUUGGUGUUCUACUUAUUAUUACUGAGUUAGUGGAAGCAUUCCUUGCGUUAUACAUUUCAAAAUCUUAUACCGGGAAUAAAACAUCUCCCACUGAGCACUUCGAAAAAACAAAUGGACGGUGAUAGGAGAAAUAAACACAUUUCUGCAGUGCAUUGUGAAUUAUUUUUGUUUUACAGAAAUAGAAAAUAACAACUUUGCGUACUUGAGAGUUUUCUAAGAAAGG